AUGAAGAGAAGCAAUUUAAAGGAAAAUCACGCAACUUCUCAAAAAAAGCAAAAACAUUCAUCAUCGGAAGAGCCUUCUUCUUCUUUGGUAUCAGACCAAGUGAAAAAUAAGAAGAAUACAGGUGUUGGAAGAGAGCGUGAGGAUGGAGUUGAAGAGGUUAUGGAAAUUAAAAACAUACCACCGAAAACAAAGAAAAAACAACCUCCUCAAAAACUCUAUUCCAAAUCAAAUAGAUUAUUCAAAAAGGAUGAAUCGAGUAGUGAUGAAUCUUCAUCCUCCGAGUCUUCAUCAUCAUCCAGUGAUUCCGAUAGCGGAGAUGAAAAUUCAAUUGUGCAGAAAAAACCAGCAGCUCGCCUCUUCCGAAAACAGGAGCUACCUACAGAAAUGGCCAUGUCCGUUUUGGAGAGGGAUGAAGCUUUCAAACUAAUGCACUGUGUUCGGAAUGAGAUGGAACUGUUACAGCCCCAAACACCUCAACAAGUCUAUUUAAUUAAUGGCCUCAUGAAUACGACGAAAAAAUUUCAAUUCAAAAAAUCGAUUGAUGUGCCUUUCCUUGCUUUGAAACAUAACGAAACAGAUGAUAAUGAUUGUUGGUGGGACUUUAAGCCUCUGUUCCCGUUUUUAUGCUCUCCUUGUGCAGAGAAGUUCACCAAGGCAGCACAACUAGGACUUUUCAAAGUUUUUGACAUUACAAAACCAAUUUCAUAUACCGUGAAUAUUAAUGGACUAGCGACUAGUUUUGAAGAUGUUUACGAGUCAUCAGUGAAUGCAUAUCGAUACUAUCGCACGUACAAACAAGAGAAACCCAAAUUAACCUUCAAUCAAGUGGUUAUUUAUAUGAAAAUUGUUUUCUUGGAUGCCAAAUUGGAGCAAAAAGUGUUUGAGGUUAAACCACACCAUACCAUUCAAGUGAAUAAUUUCAGAGUGACAGAUAAUAGUGGAAAAUUAAUUCCAACCGUACAAUCAUGCUCCUUCUCACGAAUCAUUCAACCCUCUCUAUUCAUGGAACAUUUAAAAAGUGGUAAAAUUUAUGGAGUGAAGGUACGAAUGCAAGCUUAUUGCCCCGAUUUGAAAGAAGGCGACGAAUACAAGGGAAAAUUAAAUAUUUCUUGGGAUGAUGACAGUGAAAUGAGUAUUGUCAUGACUAAUUAA